CAAUUUUUCAUUAGCCCCAGGUAAUUUUAAAUCCUAGCUCCGCCCAACGAAGAGCAGUCGGUUUACUCUACCGCCUUUUGUACUUGUCAGAUCCUGGCCGGCUAUCGGUCUCUGCUUGCUGUUGGUGUUUGAUGAAAUGCCUGUGUUGGAUUUUUGCAGAAAGAGUUGAGCCGGCUGAACUUUUCGGAAAAUGUAUGCUCGAAAAGCGAGCGAGUUGGUGAAAGAAUUUGCCAGUAGUGAACCUGGGCAACUUAACACUUUCAAUAACGACCUAUUUGGUCAGGUGCUUGAAGAAUGUGAUGCACAUUUCCUUCAGCUUCAACCUUUAAUCAGGAAAAUACAAGAACACGAGAAGGAAUUGAGAGAAAAAGGACAACCAGGCGAUGAUGUGGGGACUUCCGAAGUAGGGAAUAGGAAUUUAGAAGCCGAGAAGAAUGCCAUACAAAUGGCCCUUAAAUCCAAUCAGUUUGGGGCACUCGUGCAUCACCUUUCACUGGUCCGCAAUAAGCGCUGUCUCAUGGCUUAUGUAUAUAAUCGAGCAGAGGUCAUCAGGAGUUUGGGGUGGAUGGUUGACCGCGUGCUUCCUGAAGAAAUUGAAGAGAAACUCAGUACCACAGAAAAAGAAUAUUUCAAAAAGCAUACCGCCACUUUGCAGUCAUAUAUGUCAGAGAUUGAUCUUCAUCUGACUCUGGAUAUGGUUCCUCCUAAAGAUCCCUACAUUAAGGUGAGAGUUUUGGACGAUAUUGGCCAGGUUGUACUUAGCGAUCAAACGGCCAACUUGGCUCGACAUGCUAUUAUGUUCCUCAAACGUACAGAUGCUGAGCAAUACAUUACUCAGGGCCGAAUGGAAGAGCUCACGGGUUAAGUAAACCGACACUAGUGAGAGCUUAAAUGCUCAUUGACGUGCGAGCUUGAAGAACAAUACGUUUUAAAAGCUUUCUUUAGUGUCCUUAGCAAGCAGCUUUGUUACCGACUUAUAUGUAAAGCUUUGUUUUCUUUUCAACAAUCUGUGGAUGUAAUUUUAAUGAGACAAGCAUGCGUCUGUACUGUUUUUCUUAUUUGGCAAAGCUUUGACUAUUGUUAACUUUGGUCGUUUUGAUUAAUCAUGUUAAACAGUAGAAAAACCUUAUUUGGAUCGAGUUUUAAUGACAUAUUGUUACUCUCAAGUCAAAUCUACCAAAUCAUGUUUUGAGCAUGUAAUGAUCAGUACAAUCAUUAAUUUGUGUUUGCACAUGCAUAACGAUAAUUAGGUAAAUUUUGUCAGUUUGUUCGCAAAAGAAUUAUUAUAGUGAAC